AUGUGUCUUUCAGCAACUAAAAUUAAAGACUUUCAGUUUACUGAUCAACAACUAAAAGACAUUCGAAGUGAAAAUAGAAUUGCCAACAAACAAAAAGAUUCCACUUCCUCAAUUCUCUACUCGGAUCAACA